GGCCGAGCAGCAGCGAUGACUCUGCGGCUCCUUGCAUCGACCCCGGCCGGAGCAAGCUGGCGAUCCGGACGGAGUGUGGCUGCUGCUGCUGAUAAGAUGAGAGCUAUUUGGAUCGAGAUCUUGGAUCAAUUGACGCCACUGUCUCGUGGGCCUUGCUUGGACCCAUGGGUUGCCUGGCAAUGGCUACAAGACUCAUCAUCGGCUGUCUUCAUCACAGCAUCCAUUCUUUCUCUCCCAUACACUCACUCACUGACACUUUGCUGACUUUCUUUCAAUCUGCAAUCACAUUCUUUCUCAAGUCUUUUUUACAGAUAUUCACUACCAUGUACAACUCCAAGAGCCUUUCGGCACUCUUGUGCCUUGCUCUCGUCACUCCUUCCGCUCUGUCGGCACCUGUUGCCUCCAAGAGCACAACCCUGGCCAAAAGGCAAUUCGACUCAGAGAGCUUUGCGGGUAGCGGCAGCGAUAUCUCCAUCCCCGAUGGACCCUACUACAACACGGCGAGCGCCGCCGCCUCUCGCUAUCACGACGGCAGCGGUAAGGACAGCGGAUCGCAUGAAACGGACAGCAGCACCGCUGCAGGCCAGGCCUGGAAUAUCGGAAUCCCCGACGGUCCCAGCUACACUGGAGGCAACGCCGCCUCCUCUCACUACCACGAAGGCAGCGGCAAGAACGGUGAUGGUAAGAACGGUGGCUCGCAUCAAUCGGACAGCACCGAUGCAGGCCAGUCUUUGAAUAUCGGGAUUCCUGAUGGACCCAAUGUCAACAUGGGUAACUUCUACCAUGUGAGCCAUGAGAGCUCGGAGGCACCUAAGCCUGAGCCUAAGCCUGAGCCUAAGCCUGAGCCUAAGCCUGAGCCCGAGCCUAAGCCCGAGCCUAAGCCCGAGCCUAAGCCCGAGCCCAAGCCUCAGCAUCCGGAGACCACUGAGCCGGCAUCACCACCUCCUUCACCACCGCACAAUGAGUCGGCCCCUCCCGCUCCUGCUCCUCAGACCUCGGAGGCACCCAAUUCCAACCCUUCUGCUGUUGCUCCUCCUACCCAUGAAGGGCCCGGAAGUGCACCCGUCCCUGCCCCUCCGUCCCCUCAAACCCCGACCACUGCCCCUACUCCUCCCCAGGAAAAGCCUUCUGCGGGUCCUUCUGAGCCUGUCGCUCCGGUCCCUGCUCCUGCCCCUGCCCCGGCCCCUGCCGCCCCGGUUGAUGUCUCUCCUGUUGAGAACCCUGCUAGCCCUGCCCCUGCUCCCGAAGUUGAGGGCCCUGGUGCCGAGGAACCUGCUGAGGAGUGUCCUUCUCCCGAGUCUGAGGAGGGAGCUGGUCCUAGCCCUGCUCCUGAGUCCGCGCCUGAGUCCAGCCCCGAGUCUCCUGCUGAAUCCGGCCCAGCACCCAGCCCUGAGACCGAAAAGCCCGCGUCUACCCCGGCGUCUGCUCCCGCUCCCGAAGCCAAGCCUGAGUCUGCCCCCGAGACCCAACCCCAGCCCGGCCCCGACGCUCCCGCCGCCGCUCCCAGCAGCCCCGCAUCAACCCCCGCCACAGAGCCCAAGACAGUCCCUGAGAACGAAAACAAGCCUGCCCCUGCCCCUGCGCCUGUGUCCCCGCCACUCCCUGCCUACACUUGUCAAUGUCCUGCCUAGAUCCCUUUUGAAGAUGGAUCCAGUGGAAUAGUGGCAACUACACGCAGCGCUUCAAGCACGUCUUUCUCCCCUCUCAUCAAUCAGCGAUCAUUUUCCCUUUUCAUUUGCUUCAAACUUCCCUUCUCUAUACAAAUUUCUGGCUGAUCAUGUGUUGUUUGCUUCUCAACGGAGCAAAAGCGGAGUAUUUACUGUCGUGUCCAUCUGUCCAACUCCUAACAUGAUGUGUAAUUUUUUUUGUCGGGAUUGAAUGGUUGACAACGUUUUUUUUUUAGUUUUCUUAUAUGGCCUUUCUAAUCAUGAUGACCUCUUAUUUAUCUAUUGUUGUGGUUUUACAUUGUUGAAAAUGAUAGUCUAUUUGGGGUUUAGAAAUGGAAUUAUC